AUGCUGCUUCUCUUGAAAUCCAAAAAGUCAUGGAUCCAGAUGACCUUUAACAAGAGGGAGUGUAUAAAGUUUUUACCAGCAUCAAAGGACCACCACAGGUGUUUCCCUGUUUGCCAGGCUUGCCAAAACCUAGUGAGGUGCUGCUGUGGGAGGCUGAUUGAUGAACAUUCAGAGCUCAACUCCACUUCUUGGCUCCCUCCCUCUGGUGAAGAAGAGGUAUGGUGUGUCGUUCAGCACACCAAAACCAGCCCCACUGAUGCAUUUGGCUCUAUCAACUUCCAGGGCAGCAACAGGUGUUCCUGCCGCGCUAAGUAUGUACGUCUGUCCUGCGAUGCUAAACCUGAAGAACUUCGCUCUUUAUUGUUGCGAGAGUGGAACAUGACUAAGCCCAAGCUGCUCAUAUCAGUGCAUGGAGGAACAGACAACUUUCCUUUACCCCCAAGAGUGAGCCAGGCAUUCAGCAAGGGCCUCAUCAGGGCUGCCGAGACUGCAGGAGCCUGGAUCUUCACUGAUGGCCUCAAUACAGGGGUAUCAAUGUAUGUUGGAGAUGCUGUGAAAACCUAUGGUACACACGAGCGCAGGAAGAGAGCUGUGAUUGGUAUCACACCGUGGGGGCUUGUUGAGAACCAAAGCUGCCUCAUCGGACAGGACGUCCUGAGGCACUACCAGACACUGGGGAAUCCACUGAGUAAGCUAUCUGGUCUUAAUGGGAUGCACUCACACUUCUUGUUAGUGGAUGAUGGAACUCUGGGUAAAUCUGGAGGCCAGCGGGAGCUGAGGAGAAAUUUGGAGAGGCAUAUUCAGCGGCAGAGGAUCCACCCCAGACUGGGUCAGAGAGUUCCUUUGGUGUGUGUGGUGGUUGAGGGGGGUCCUGCAAUGCUCUCCACAGUGUUGGAGUACGUGAGUAGGUCUCCUCCUGUGCCCGUCAUUGUGUUUGAGGGCACCGGAUGUGCUGCAGACCUGCUGUCUCUCAUCCACAAACAAACAGCAACGGACAGGAAGCUGGAUGUGAAUAUAAAGGAAGAUUUCCUGCAGCGUAUUGAAAAUGUAUUUGGUGUUGCGAGAGUGAAGGCAUAUCAGCUCUUCACUGUGCUUAAACACUGCAUGGAACACAGAGAGGCGAUCACCAUUUUUGACUCUGAAUCAGAGGAUCAUUUGGAAGCAGAUGUGGCUAUUUUGACAGCUUCACUAAGAGGAACACCAGCAGAGAAAUUAAGCGCGACACUGGCCUGGGACAGAGCUGAUAUAGCUCAGCAACAUGUCCUGGUGUAUGGACACCAUUGGAAGGUGGAUGACCUGGAGCAUGCCAUGCUGAAUGCUUUGCUGAUGGACCGCGUCAGUUUUGUUAAGCUGCUUGUUGAGAAUGGCGUGACCAUGAAGCACUUCCUGACAGUGUCUCGCCUGGAGAAGCUCUAUAACAUGCAGCACCAAGGCUCCUCAGAUCACUUCUUACGCCAUAUCAUUGAGGAUGCCAAACAGUCUCGUCUUCCUCGGAGAUAUAAGAUCAAACUGAAGGAUAUUGGCAUGGUGAUCGAAUAUUUGAUAGGAGAAGCUUAUCGGAGCAUGUACAGGAGCAAGAGCUUCAAAGCUGUAUAUAACCAAAUCCAUUGUGAACUGAAGACACACUCAGAACCUGUGCCUAAAAAUGUGGAGACAGUGGAGUUAGACGUGGGUGGCUCAUCCCUGUUCGUCUACAGUUUCAAUGACCUGUUUGUAUGGGCAGUAUUGAAGCGGCGGCAGCAGUUGGCACUCUUCCUGUGGCAGCAUGGCACGCAGGCCAUGGCCAGAGCUGUGGUGGCAUGCAGGCUGUACCAGGCCAUGGCCAGUGAGGCCAAGGAAAGCAACAUGGAUGACAGCAUUAUUGACGAACUUGAGAAAUAUUCUCUAGAGUUUGGCCAGCUUGCUGUGGAUCUCCUGGACAAGGCCUUCAAGGAGAAUGAGCGCAUGGCCAUGAAGCUGCUGACCUGGGAGAUGACCGAUUGGAGUAACUUCACCUGUCUGCAGAUGGCUGUGGCCUCAGGCCACAGGUCCUUCAUGGCCCACUCAUGCACCCAGAUGCUCCUUACCGACCUGUGGAUGGGUCGCUUGAACAUGAGGAAGAACUCCUGGUUAAAGAUCAUUUUGAGUAUCCUGCUCCCUAUGGGCAUUCAACUGCUGGAGUUUAAGAGUGAGGCCGAGAUGUCCCAUGUGCCUCAGACUCAAGAAGCCCUGCAGUUUGGGAGGGACACCGGGAGCUUAGCAGAGCAAGAAAUUAAAGAUGUUGAGAGUGAUUCAGAGAGAGGGAGGAGCCAUGCGAAGCACAGGUCAGGUCUCGUUGCAUGGUGGUUACCAUGCUCCAGGAAGGUCUAUGACUUUUACAAUGCACCUGUGGUCAAAUUUUGGGUCCACGCUAUGUCCUACCUGACGUUCAUCGUGCUUUUCUCCUACAUGUUGUUGGUACGGAUGGGGCCAAGACCCAGUGUCCCGGAAUGGCUGGUCUUUUUCUAUGUCUUAUCUACAGCUGUAGACAAGAUCAGGGAGGUGUGGGUGUCUGAGCCGAGACAAUUCAGCAAAAAGCUGAAAAUAUGGUUCAGCGAAUACUGGAACAUAAAUGAGUUUGUCGCCAUCAUUCUUUUCUUCUUGGGCACAGCACUGCGCUGGAGUACGGGUCUAACACACUCAGCAGGGCGCAUCAUAUACUGCCUGGACAUAAUUUUUUGGUUUGUGCGUCUGCUAGACCUGUUGGCCGUUAACCAGAAAGCUGGACCCUAUAUCAACAUGAUCUCCAACAUGAUGAAGGACAUGUUCUACAUUGUGGUCAUCAUGGGUGUAAUGCUAAUUAGUUAUGCCACACCUCGUUGGUCCAUCCUACAUCAGCAUGAGGAACUGUCUUGGACCCUGCUGAAAAAUGUGCUCUUCCAGCCCUACUUCACGAUGUUUGGGGAGGUCUAUGCUUCAGAUAUUGAUCCCUGUGAAAAAGAUCCCCAUUGUCCUCCUGGUUCAUUCUUCCAUCCAAUGCUGAAGGCCAUCUACCUCUUCAUGCAGUACUUCAUCAUAAUUAACAUCCUUAUUGCCUUAUUCAAUAAUGUUUAUAGUGACAUAAAGGCCAUAUCCAACCAGGUGUGGGGGUACAACCGCUACCGUUACAUCAUGACCUAUCACAAAAAGCCAUUCCUGCCUCCACCUUUGAUCAUCCUGAGUCACAUGGCCUUGUGUGUGAAAGCAGUCUGGCAGAAGUAUAGACGGACAUCCAAACAUGACACAGGCUCUGGGCUUAAACUGUUCUUGGCUCCUGAUGAUCUGAAGAAGCUGCUUGAAUUUGAAGAAAACUGCAUGGCUGGCUAUUUCCGUGACAAACACGAAAGCCAGCACUGCACCCAGUUUAACCGGAUCUGCUUUGCUGCUGAAAAGGCAGAGGAGAUGAUGGGUACAUUAGCUGAGGUAUCUGAGAAGGUGCAGUUCAUCCAGGAGAGCCUGCAGACGCUGGACACUCACCUUGGCCAGCUGCAGGACCUAUCUGCUUUUGCUGUGGACACGCUUAACCUCCUUUCAGCAUCUGAAAACAGGCAGCAGGAAGCUGUCCACCUUUGUUCCAGCUCCCGACUUGCACUUGCGUCCUAUUCGCAGCUGUCUUCCAUUGGUGGGAAUGUCACCCCGAGUCGGAUCUCUCAAUCUCCAAAGACUUAUUGCAGCAAUCCUCCCUCUGUGCUGCAUGCUGUAGCCCAUAGCAAUUCAUGCAACUCUUUAGAGCUUUCACCAGGGGGUAUGGCCAGCUUCUUUGACAGCAAGCUCAAGUGGGUGCUGGGAAAUUUGGAAGUGGAGCACAGCAGUCCAAGACAAAGACUUGCCAGACACUCGUCCAUAGGACUCCGUCUUUCACAUGGAUCGCUGUCCAAUUUAUGGCCAGACCUGCGUGGGUCACCAGGACAGUCAUGUACCAGCUCUCUCUCCACAGUCUGGGAUCAUGCACCACACCAACAGCCUAGCCAGGAGGAGUCCAUGGAGGAGGAGGAGGAUGAUGAGGUGUUUAUUGACACUAAAACCAAGAGGAACAGUGUGCUGGGCAUUGUGAAUCCAGCUUUCUGUGGUGAUAGUGAAUUAGCCAUGCCCAGACAAGGCCGUGUUGGCAGGAAGUGGCCAUUCGCCAUAGACAGAGAGCUGGAGCAUAGCCGCUCACUCUCUGCUAGUGUGGAGACAGUGGCCAGAUCCACAAAAAGGCACAGUGUUGCAGGAGAACCCAUACCACCAUGUCCAGGCCACAAAGACAGAGAUCGCUACAGAAUCUUAGAAAGAAAGCGAUCAUUUAGCCGGAGGUUUGACAAAAUUAAAGAAGGAGAAGCAACUGAUGUGAGAAGACUAGAAAGAGAUUCGAGCAGGAGGAGCAGACGGAAAGGGAAGGGAAUAGCUGGACGUAAAUUCCGAUCAUCUGUCAGUCUGUCUCAGCUCAAUUUUGAUCACAUGGAUUUCUUACAGAAAUCAUUCACUUUGGGUCAGAACUCAAGAAGCCCCAGCCAAUCAGUUGGCUCCGUCAGCCGUCACGCCUCAGUGCAGAGCUGGGGAGCAGUUGAAUCUAGAGCAUCUGUGUUUCAGUCAGCUGAAGAUUUGGACCCACAUUACUCAGCUGUGGAGAGGAACAACCUGAUGAGAUUAGCAUACACGAUACCAUUCACACCGGUGUCCCUGCUGGGAGGAGAGGAGGUGUCCAUCUACACCCUGGAUGAAUCGGACCCAGACUCCCUGCUCUCCAGCACCUCCUCGUGGUGUCAGAGAGGUUAUGUGGCUGUGCUACAGCCCGUGAUGGAGCAGGAAGAGCUGGAUGGUGUGCUGUGCCAUGCUCAGUGGGUGCUGUGUACCUGGGCCGAGGAAGAUGUGCUCAGACCCGGCUGCAUGUACGUGGUCAAGUCCUUCCAUGAGGAGGUGGUGCACAAGUGGCAGGCAGAGUUCCCCAACAGCACCACCCUUCAACUCUGCUUAAGGGAAAUCCAGCAGCAGAGAGCAGCCCAAAAGCUCAUGCAGGUCUUCAAUCAAGUCAAACCCAGCUCUAUUCCUCAUUCCCCCAUAUUUCUGGAUAUGUCCCUGCUAUACUGGCAGACUAAAGGCCAGUGGCUUACCAUAGAGCGGAGCAUGAGCAGUAACUUCAUGAAGUACAACAAUAACACAGGAGAAGAAAUCACGCCCUCUUGUGGCCUGGAAGAGACAGUGUUGGCUUUCUCACACUGGACUUAUGAGUACACAGGCAAAGAGCUGCUCAUACUUGACUUGCAAGGUGUGGGGGAGGAGCUGACAGACCCCUCUGUGAUCAGAGCAGUUGAUAAAAGUUCAUCCAAAAAUUUGCCAUUUGGCUCAGCCACUUUGGAUGACAGUUCAGUCAGGAACUUUGUCCUCAAACAUACCUGCAACUCGUGCUGCAAGAAACUUGGCCUUACAGAUUUUACAGAAGAGCAGCAAUCAUCACCAGCCUCUGAAGAACAUGUCAGCACAUGUUGACCUUUGC